AUGGCCGGCAAGCCGUCUGCCAGCAAUCGGGACGACCUCCUCCUCGACCUAGACGAUGAGCGACCAAUAUACAACGAUGGACAGCGUCCACCGAUCAACGACGAUGACCUUUUGCGCGCCUAUACCGCCGACCACGACCCAUCAAACCCCCGACCCUCGAUAUCCUACGAUGAGUUCGUGGGGGCGGGGGGAGGACGAUCCCCUCCUUCGUCGUCAGGCAGGCAAUUGCCCGGCGGGCCUGGUACUAUCCCUGGGGCUGGAGGAGGUCCAUAUGUAUCUGGAAGCAGCCAGCGGGUGCAUAGCCAGAGUUCGGGGCUAGGAAACUACCAGCGCUAUGCGGAUGAUCUGGACGACUUCCCCGACGAGGACGGGCAGUCGAUGUAUUACCAACCUGGAGAAGGUGCAGCGGCCGAUGGGCAAAUGAGGGGCAAUGCGAGGAAUCGCAAUAGUGUGCUCAGCAUGGGAGGCGGGCUGAUGGGCAGAGCCAAGAGCAUGCUGGGAAUGAAACCGGAGUAUUCGGAAAUGGACCUACCCUUGACGGAGGGUGGAGGACGAGCAAACACGGAUUCAAGUAUACCAAAUACCCCCAAGGCGCCUGCAAAGAAAUUCGAUGUGGGAAAAUUCAAGUUUGGGUUUGGCAGAGGAAAGCCAGACCCGUCAACUCUGGGUCCAAGAAUCAUACACCUGAACAACCCUCCUGCAAAUUCCAUAAACAAGUAUGUGGACAACCACAUCUCGACCGCCAAGUACAACGUUGCAAGUUUUAUGCCCAAAUUCCUAUUCGAACAAUUUUCAAAAUUCGCCAAUCUGUUCUUCUUGUUUACUGCCGCAUUGCAACAAAUACCCAACUUGUCACCCACAAAUAAAUACACUACCAUUGGUCCGUUAAUCUUGGUGCUUUCGGUUUCAGCAGGCAAGGAAUUAGUAGAAGAUUACCGAAGGAAAUCGUCAGAUAAAUCAUUGAACAACUCGAAAGCCCGCGUCCUGCGGGGGUCAUCGUUUGUCGACCAAAAAUGGAUCAACGUCGCAGUUGGAGAUAUAGUGCGUGUGGAGUCCGAAGAGCCAUUUCCUGCGGAUAUUGUGUUGCUGGCGAGCUCUGAGCCGGAAGGGCUGUGCUACAUCGAAACCGCCAACCUUGAUGGAGAAACCAAUCUCAAAAUCAAGCAAGCUAUUACUGAGACCUGCACUAUGAUCAGCUCAGCUGAACUUAGUAGGCUCGGUGGAAGAUUGCGGUCCGAGCAACCGAAUAGUAGUCUAUAUACAUACGAAGCCACCUUAACUAUCGCUGCGGGUGGUGGAGAGAAAGAGCUUCCUUUACAACCAGACCAACUUCUCCUCAGAGGAGCUACAUUGCGCAACACUCCUUGGAUCUACGGUGUCGUUGUUUUUACCGGCCAUGAGACGAAGCUAAUGCGAAAUGCAACUGCUACCCCAAUCAAACGAACAGCAGUCGAAAGACAACUAAAUAUGCUCGUCCUGUUACUGAUUGGUAUUCUUGUGGCUCUUAGUGUUGUAAGCUCCAUCGGGGAUAUGAUCGUUCGCAUAAAACAUGGUGCAGAGUUGAGCUAUCUUGGUUAUCCUGCCUCAUCUUCGGGCAUAGACAAGCUGGCACAGUUCUGGUUCGAUAUGUCCACGUACUGGGUCCUUUAUUCAGCUCUGGUGCCGAUUUCACUCUUUGUCACCAUUGAAGUCAUAAAAUAUUGGCACGCUAUCCUUAUCAACGAUGACUUGGACAUGUACUACGACAAAAUGGAUACCCCUGCGGUGUGCCGCACCUCCAGUUUGGUUGAAGAGCUAGGCAUGGUUGAGUACAUAUUCUCUGAUAAGACGGGCACCUUAACAUGCAAUCAGAUGGAGUUCAAGCAGUGCUCGAUCGCAGGCAUACAGUACUCGGAGGAUGUUCCGGAUGACCGACGUGCUACGACCCAGGAUGGCAUUGAAAUUGGAAUCCAUGACUUCGCCCGCCUUGCGAAGAACCUGGAAUCACACGAGUCGAGCCAGGCAAUUCACCACUUCCUGACGUUGUUAGCAACUUGUCAUACUGUCAUACCAGAAAGAACUGAAGAGAAAGGAGGAGCCAUCAAAUAUCAAGCAGCAUCACCUGAUGAAGGUGCGUUGGUUGAGGGGGCCGUGACGAUGGGUUACCAAUUUACAGCUCGCAAACCGAAGGCCGUUCAAAUCGUCGUCGCGGGACAAAAAUAUGAAUACGAGCUGCUAGCAGUUUGCGAGUUCAAUUCUACCCGGAAACGGAUGUCUGCUAUCUUCCGAUGCCCGGAUGGAAAAAUUAGAUGCUACUGUAAAGGUGCUGACACCGUUAUCCUUGAGCGACUGGGUCCUAAUAAUCCUCAUAUCGAGGCCACCCUCCAACAUCUCGAAGAGUACGCUUCUGAAGGCCUUCGGACCUUGUGUCUCGCCAUGCGUGAGAUCCCAGACCAUGAGUUCCAGCAAUGGUGGCAGAUAUUCGAUAAGGCACAGACUACGGUGAGUGGUAACCGUGCUGACGAGCUUGACAAAGCCGCAGAACUGUUGGAGAGAGACUUUCAUCUUCUUGGCGCAACAGCCAUUGAAGACCGCCUCCAAGACGGUGUCCCUGAAACGAUUCAUACAUUGCAAGAAGCAGGCAUUAAAGUAUGGAUCCUUACUGGUGACCGACAAGAGACGGCGAUCAACAUUGGCAUGAGUUGCAAGCUGAUCAGCGAAGACAUGACGCUUCUGAUUGUCAACGAGGAGGAUGCAGCCGCAACGAGAGAUAACAUCCAAAAGAAACUUGAAGCGAUACGGACCCAGGCAGAUGGCUCCAUCGCCAUGGAUACCCUGGCGCUUGUUAUCGACGGAAAGUCGUUGACAUAUGCCUUAGAGAAGGAUCUAGAAAAGGACUUCUUAGACCUCGCCGUCAUGUGUAAGGCGGUAAUCUGCUGUCGUGUCUCGCCGCUUCAGAAAGCCCUAGUUGUCAAGCUUGUCAAGCGUCAUCUCAAAGCCAUCUUGCUGGCUAUCGGCGAUGGCGCAAACGACGUAUCGAUGAUCCAAGCGGCACAUAUUGGAGUAGGUAUAAGUGGCAUGGAAGGUCUUCAGGCCGCUCGCAGUGCGGAUGUGGCCAUUGGUCAAUUUAGAUAUUUGCGGAAGUUGCUUCUCGUUCACGGAGCGUGGAGUUACCAACGGAUCAGCAAGGCCAUCCUCUACUCUUUCUACAAAAAUAUUACGCUGUACAUGACGCAAUUCUACUACUCGUUUCAAAACGCCUUCUCUGGAGAGGUCAUCUACGAAUCAUGGACCCUUUCGUUCUACAAUAUUUUCUUCACUGUUUUCCCACCCUUAGCAAUUGGUAUCUUCGAUCAAUUCAUCUCGGCGCGCCUGCUAGACAGGUACCCCCAGCUUUACCAGCUCGGACAGAGGAAUACAUUCUUCAAGGUACACUCAUUUUUAUCCUGGGUUGGCAAUGGCUUCUACCACUCUUUGAUCCUAUACAUUGUAUCUGAGGGCAUCUGGUUGCGUGACCUUCCCCAAGGGGACGGCAAACUUGCAGGCCACUGGGUCUGGGGUACAGGCCUCUACACAGCAGUCCUCGCCACUGUGCUGGGUAAAGCAGCCCUGGUCACUAAUAUCUGGACGAAAUACCACGUCAUCGCAAUCCCUGGAAGCAUGGUAAUCUGGAUGGUAUUCAUUUCGGUGUACGCUACUGUGGCCCCGAAGUUGGGGUUCUCAACGGAAUAUGAGGGAGUCGUACCUCGAUUAUUUCCCAGCCCGGUAUUCUGGCUACAGGUUCUUGUUCUGCCGGUUCUUUGUCUUUCCCGAGACUUCGCGUGGAAAUAUGCCAAACGGAUGUACUAUCCACAAACAUACCACCACAUCCAAGAGAUACAAAAAUACAACAUUCAAGAUUAUAGACCACGCAUGGAACAAUUCCAAAAAGCCAUCCGCAAAGUUCGCCAGGUGCAACGUAUGCGGAAACAGCGUGGAUAUGCCUUCUCACAAGCCGACGAAUCCCAAACGCGGGUUCUUCAGGCAUAUGACACGACAAGGGAGAGAGGUCGAUAUGGAGAGAUGGCCAGUUCGAGGCCGGACGGGACAUGA